AUGGGGCUGAUGGCCCUUAUUGUUGUUCUUGUCCUCCUUAAUCAAACUUGCAAUACCAAUACCACGGCUGUGGUUCAUUGUCCUCCUUCUUCCUGCGGCUCCAUCCUUAACAUAAGCUAUCCGUUUCAAUUAAUGAGCGAUUCAAAAAACUGUGGCGACCAAAAAUAUAAUCUUUCAUGUGAGAAUAACCAAACACUAGUGUUACACUUAUAUCGUGCAAGAUACUACGUACAACAAAUCAAUUACAACAACAACACAAUCAGAGUUGUAGACCCAGGUAUUGGACUCAACGCUAAUGAGUACUACUCCUUCAUCCCUCAUUAUUCUCUGGACCAAACUAAUUUCAGUUCAAGGGAUCCAUAUCGAAUAACAUUUUUGGUUGGUAUGAUUUUCGUGAAAUGUGAAAAGUCAGUGAAUUCCCGGUAUCAUCUAAACAUUUCUGCUUGCAUUGAGGAUGGAGUAUAUCCCAAUUCCAAGAGGUAUACAUAUGCUCUAUUCGGGUUUGAGCGUGCUGCAGUGGAGUUGGGGGACUUGUGUGAAGUAGAGCAAAUAUCUUUCAUAUCCCAGUCAGAUCGUUAUUAUUAUGAUGACUUGAGAAAUAUUUCCUGUACAGACUUCCACAAUGAAUUGCUACAGGGUUUUGAGCUUUCCUGUUAUUGA